CGUCCAUUUCUCCUCAAGGCACAUGUGACCCUUCAUACUACAAACCAUAGCUGAUGCCUUCACCGCUCCCUCCGUGGCUCGAACUCUACCCAGCCGCCGCCAACAACACUGCUGCUCAGAACACCGCUCCAAAUCCAUCACAAACAGAGAAUCUGUUGCCCUUCGACACCAUGUCAUCAAACUCGACACCGAUCAGUCCCGAGAUGUUCGCUCUCGCCAUCAAGGACCUUCCUAUCGACACACUUUACGCUAAAGCAUCAGAGCUCCAAAACAGCAUCUCCCAUCUCCUCCACUCAAACGCACAAAUGAAGGAAUUCGCAGACGAAGGAGACGAUGUGUGCAAGGAAGCAAUUGCGGAAAACGAUGUCGUGGUCAAGAGAAUGGAGGAGCGUGUAGCGUUAUGCCAGGUGGAGUUAGAAAGUAGAGGUCUGCUCUGGACGGGUCAUGCUGAGAAGGAUGAAGUCAAGGUCAAUGGGCACGCUGAGACGAAUGGCGAAGCUAGUGGCAGAUCUGCUCCGACGCCAGCGGCGAGUGGGAGACUGAAUGACGAAGAAUUGAGACGGCAGCUGGAAGCACAGAUGGAGGAUGAUGAAGAUGGCGUGCAUCUGUGAGCAAGAGAACAGGAAUCUCAACGAAGGAAAUUACUCACGAGAAGAUGAGAUGGUCGUGAUAUGACACGAAAGUCUGAACCCGACUUGCAGCUUUGCUAUCAAUGAGAGAGUGGGGAUCGCAUCCACAUCUCGAUAUUCGAAGCGUGGCACGUGGGAAUCGAAUCAUCAGUGGAAGUGCUGUGUGCGGAGAUCUUCGUGACCAUCUUUCAGAGACGCCAUCUGAACCUCAAACCAGAGCAUGACAUGAUAACUCGCAUGGAUCCAGCUCUUGUCACGAAGUCUAGAAUGCCAACAAGGCCUAGUCGACC